AUGUCUACUUGCACGGUCUCAUUCGCGCCUUCCGUUGGCCACCCACUCUCCCCCGCGCGCUGCCCUCCCAGCGGUGGCGCAUCGCAGCAUGCGCCUGCCAUGCCAGCCAGGCCACAGCCGCUCAACACGGCGUGCUGCCCUCUGUCACACGACGUGCUGCCCGCUGCCUUGCUCUUCCUCUCCCACUUUGCGCAUCCUCCCAUGCCCCCUCUUCCCCCUUUUCCCUCCCGAUACCCAUGCCGUGCCCCCCCCCGCCCCCCUCGACACGACAGCAUAUCGGAGCAGACAACGAACCAGGCGGUGGAGGUGAAGGCGCUGGUGGCGGCGCUGGAGAACCACACCUACUCCGUGGCGGCGGCCGUCACGGACCACGUCGCCGUGCAGACUGUGCAGCUGCGCCAGGCUGGCGGCGGAGCUGCGCAACCACUCGCACUUCGUGAGGGAGCACGUGGGGCAGCACGUGGACGCGCAGCAGGCGCAGCUGGCGGAGGUGGUGGCGGAGCUGAGGGCGCGCAUGGGCGAGGUGGCGUCCGCCGUCAUGGCGCCCCCCCGCCCCCCCUCUGCCUGACAGCGCCAUCACCUCCUCCAACCUCACUCUGCUCGUUGCCGCCGGCCUGCGGUCCCAGGUGGGUGGGUGCCAUCCCAGGUGGGGGGUGCCAUCCCAGGUGCGCUGUGGUGGCCAUCCCAGGUGCGCUGUGGUGGCCAUCCCAGGUGCGCUGUGGUGGCCAUCCCAGGUGCCAGGCAAGCUCGGGUCGCAUGGAGUUGGCUGUGAGGGGGUGGGACCGGUGGAUGGACAGCACAGGUGGCUGUGAGGGGGUGGGACCGGUGGAUGGACAGCACAGGUGGCUGUGA